AUGGAUAUAAAAUCUGCCAUUGAUGAGUUUAAUAAGCUGGACGAGUUCGCAAGACCUUCUGCAACCCUUGUAAAAUCAAUUCUGCUCAACAAGGAUGUUCCAUUAUAUCUUCAGCUGCGAGCUUUAUAUUUUUGCAGAGAUCUUCCAAUAGAAGAUGCCACUCAAAUACUAAUUUCGGCCUUUGAGGUCCACUUUGACACCUUCAUGAGACAUGAAAUCGCAUAUGUAAUUGGCCAAUCCGGUUGUGUAAACGCAGCCAAAAGGCUGUCAGAAUUGGUGGAGGACGCAUCAGAGGAUCCCAUGGUCCGACACGAGGCAAUAGAGGCCUUGGCAGCAUUAAAAUCGACAAAUUACAAGGAUUUGAUUAGAAGGUUCUCAAAGGACCAAUGUAGAGCCGUAAGAGACACGUGUAUAUUGGCCUUACACUCGCUAGAGAGUGCUGGGUCUGCAAACAUCUGCGGAUGCACAUCGGCGCCACCAUCCACCUCGGCCUACAGAGCCAUUGACCCAGUACCAGUGGAAGCAUCAGAUGAACCCGGUAGCAGGGAUCUGGAAAGAUUAUCAGAGUUGCUGUUCAAUCAAGAGCUUGCAAUAUACAAAAGAUACGAGGCAUUGUAUAAAAUAAGAGCAAUAUCAGGAGACGAAGCUGCCAAGAUCAUCGGAGAGGCACUUGUUAGGGAUAAAGCAUCGGAAGUGUUUAGACAUGAAUGUGCGUUUGUGUUAGGGCAGAUGCAGUCGAUAUCGGCAGUGGAAUCACUGAUAGAAUGCCUGAAAAAUGAAGAUGAGGAGCCAAUGGCAAGACACGAAGCAGCACUGGCACUGGGAUCAUGCGGAUGCAUAAACGAGGACGAAGAAUGUACAAAGAAGAUAGUGGAAGCGCUGGAAAAACACUUAGGUGACAAGGUGAAAGUAGUGUCGGACAGCUGCGUAGUAGCAAUGGAUUACAUCAAUGAAAGUAGAGAGGGAGUGAUGGUAAAUUAA